CGACUAGCAUGGUAAGAGUGAGAUGCACACUCCCUCGCCCGUCUAUUUAUGCACUUCCGCCCUCCAUCUUUCUCUCCCUCUAAAACAGCAGUGUGUGAUUGUCUUCCCCCCUGUACGUUUGCAGAGCUCUCUCUCUCUCUCUCUCUCUCUCUCUCUCUCUCUCUCUCUCUCUCUCAUUUGUAUCAUCUCUCGUCAAAAAAAUACAGUGAGAUUCUUCUUUCCUUCUGUGAAACUGAUACGGCUGUUUUGCUUUUCCCUGUUGAGGGUUUCUUCUCUUCCUCCUCAUCUUCCCAAUAUCAUUUGCUUGCGCCUUCUCCCAUCUCUUCUCUCUCUCUCUCUCUCUCUCUCUCUCUCUCUCUCUCUCUCUCUCGAUUUCUUCACAAAUCUUACAGUUGAAGCAUAAACUUCUCAAAUUCUUCCUCUUUUCUCUAAAACCCCUUAAAGCUGCAACGUUAAUUCCUCUUUCCUCGAUCUCUUCCCUUCAAAAUUUUUUUUUCCCCCUCUAUCCUCGUCUUUCCCUCUCUCUCUGCAAAGAAAUAUUGAAUUUAGGAUUUUUAAUUGAUUGUUUUUUAAAGGAGCUCUUGGAUUGAAGUUUUUUGUGUUUUGUGGGUGUUGAUGAAAUGAAUUGAAGCUGAAACUGUUGUGAGAUUUGAAGGAUUAUUGGGUUUUAUUCAUAGAGGGAGGGAAUGGAGAAGUACGAGCUGGUGAAGGACAUAGGAUCUGGAAACUUUGGUGUCGCCAGGCUUAUGAGGAACAAGGAGACGAGAGAGCUUGUUGCCAUGAAAUACAUUGAACGAGGGCACAAGAUCGAUGAGAAUGUGGCGAGGGAGAUCAUAAACCACAGAUCGCUCCGGCACCCUAACAUAAUUCGAUUCAAGGAGGUGGUUCUGACUCCCACUCAUCUUGCUAUUGUCAUGGAGUAUGCUGCAGGAGGAGAGCUCUUUGAGCGCAUCUGCAAUGCUGGAAGAUUCAGCGAAGAUGAGGCUAGAUAUUUUUUUCAGCAGCUUAUUUCAGGGGUUUGCUAUUGUCAUGCCAUGCAAAUAUGCCACAGAGAUUUGAAGCUGGAGAAUACCCUGUUGGAUGGGAGCCCUGCACCACGCCUGAAAAUCUGUGAUUUUGGUUAUUCUAAGUCAUCUCUGCUGCAUUCGAGACCUAAAUCAACAGUUGGCACUCCAGCAUAUAUUGCACCAGAGGUUCUUUCUCGGCGAGAAUAUGAUGGAAAGUUGGCAGAUGUAUGGUCCUGUGGGGUUACUCUUUAUGUUAUGCUUGUUGGGGCAUACCCUUUUGAAGACCAAGAAGACCCAAAGAAUUUCAGGAAAACUAUUCAACGAAUAAUGGCUGUUCAAUACAAGAUCCCCGACUAUGUGCAUAUAUCUCAAGAUUGUAGGCACCUCCUUUCUCGUAUAUUUGUUGCUAAUUCAGCCAGGAGGAUCACCAUUAAAGAAAUCAAGAGUCACCCAUGGUUUUUAAAGAACUUGCCUAGAGAACUAACAGAGGCAGCUCAAGCCAUGUAUUACAGGAAAGAAAACCCAAGCUUCUCCCUCCAAAGUGCAGAGGAUAUCAUGAAAAUUGUGGGAGAGGCCAAAAUCCCCCCUCCAUCUUCUCGAUCGAUUGGAGGCUUUGGUUGGGGAGGGGAAGAAGAUGCUGAAAAGGAGGAAGAUGUUGCUGAGGAAGAAGAGGAAGACGAGUAUGAGAAGAGAGUCAAGGAAGCACACGCAAGUGGAGAAUUUCAUGUCAGUUAAAGGAUAAAAUCCAACCUAUUUAUUAUAGGUUGAGAGUUUUAGUUUUGAGAUUCUAUGGUCUUGAGGAUAUUUUUAUGUUUGUAUAAAAGUCGGUGUACUACUUAGGACAUUGGGUCGAAUAAAUGUUUGUAAAUUUGUCUCUGAGAAUUAAGAUUGUGAAAUUCAACUGCAUGAGAAUAAUAGGGGAGUCUCACUACUGUGCCGUCAAAUAGGAUUGUGUACCUUGUCUUAGUUUUACUUCUGGUUUUGUAAUGCAGGGUUAGGAUCAUGUUAUUUAAAAAGGGACUUUGUGUAGUUAUGGGUUUAUGAAACAUUAUUAGAGUUACCAUUUGGGAAAA